CGCAAACACCAGCCCAGGCUUGCUCCCUCAGUCCAUUCCAACAAAACAAAUGGGUUGAGCAGAGCGGCGCGUCGCCAGCACGAGAGCUGCUUGCGGAUAAACUGCACUCCUCCACCAUGGGCUCCUACAUCAAGGGCGGCUUCCGUGCUGUCACUUCGAAGACGGCCCAACGGACGGUGCUGAAGACGGUUGUGCUCGUCACCACAUCGCUUGUUCUCCUUGGUCUAUCAGCUUUUGCAUACCUCCUCUUCUACCAGAACUACCUCCCCGACCAGGUGUCGACGAUUCCGCUGCAUCUCCAAUACGGCCGCUCCGAAAACCCCUACGCGAUCGCACCGCUCCCGAACCGGCUCGUCAAAGAAUCCCAGGACUACGAUGUUACCGUUUCGCUAACCCUGCCGCGCUCGCCGGCCAACCUAGAGAGGGGAAACUUCAUGAUCUCGAUGUACCUGUCAACUAGCUCGGUUCCCCCGCCCGGCGCCGCGCUAGCCCACCAGAUCGACCCCAGGAGCCUCCGCGACCCGAACCACUGCGUGUACUCGGACUCGCGGCCUGCGCUCAUGCCAUACACCGACCCAGUCGUCUCCGUCGCGUCCAGGAUCCUUCUACUGGGUUGGAACAUGAUGUUCCCCCUCCCGAGAUCCGCCACGGCCGUGUUGGCCGUCCCGCUGGCCGAGAGGGUGUCGUUUGCGGCGGGCAGCCAGCGGCCAAAGUCGCUCCUGGUGGAGCUGGAGACGGGCGCGGAGCCGCCGCUGCGCACGUACUCGGCCAGUGUGACCUUCACGGCGCAGCUGAGCGGCCUGCGCUGGUUCAUGUACCGCCACUGGCUGCUCUCGUUCGUGGUCUUCACCACUGCCUUCUGGGCGUGCACGAUGACUUCCAUGGUGGUCGCGUGGGGAAUCCUGGCACUCUGCCUCGGCGGGGGCCCCCCGCCCAGGGAGAAGACGGAAGUGGCCGUGAUCAAGGACGAGCCGCGACAGGACGACAAGGGCGCUCCGGCCGCGAGGCCCGGCGGCGCGGACCGCGAGGUCAAGAAGGAGGAGGACAAUGACGACGACAUGGGCAUCGCGCUACCACCCACACCCCGCACGCAGCUGUCGUCGAUUGGUGCUUCCGCCAAGGGCCCACCGCCGAGUUAUCAGUCGGGCGGCAGCAUGAGGGGAAGGCUGGCGGGACUGUCUGUCAAGUCGCCGUCUGGCGGUCAUUUGUCGUCGCCACUGGACGCGAGGGGCUCGCCCGGCGGUGGCGAGGAGUGGGGCAAUGGGGACGACGAGCGUGAUGAGCGCUGGAGGAGGGAGUACAGCACGGCAAGUACGGGAUACGACGAGGGCCGCGAGGUGGGAAGCAGCGGCAGCAGUCUCCGGCGGCGGUCGUCCCAGAGAAGCACCCCAGGAAGCUGAUAUUACUCAGAGGAAUCAAAUGCCGCUCUAACCCAGGGGUGCUGUGGCAAGUGUUGCGAGCACGGCAGGCGUUCGGAUUGCUUUUUUUUUUUUUUUGUUCUUUUCUUUCUGGCAUCCAAGCCACAUUUUAUUGGGGGAUCGGCCAUAUCGUAGACUCAUUGACGGUUUAAUCGCGACGUCCGAUAUUCCCCCUCUUCUGCUAGUCCGAUGUUUGAUAC